GCAGCUUGAUUAUUCAAGAACAUCCAGAUGGAAAAAGAGGUCUUCAAUCUGAUUUAACAGUGACCUGUAGUUCUUGUGAAGAAGAAUCAUCUUUGGAGACAUCCUUCUUUGUGGGUGGGAGAGGGAAGUCUGCUGAUAUAAACCAACGCGCAGUGUACUAUUCGAUAGAGACGGGUGGUGGAUACAAAAGUCUUGAUCUUUCUGCAACAUCAUGA